GAAGCUUGAUCUUGAAGGCCUCAGUGUGAGACCUGACGAAGCCAGAUUCCGGCAGAGUUCCUCUAUCUCGUCUUGCUGCUGAGUGGAGGCGUCUCCUUCUGCGGUUCCUCUGUGUCUCCUGAGAGCUAGCAGGAAAUCAGCAUUAUGGUUGGAUUCAAGGCCACAGAGGUCCCCCCGACUGCCACUGUGAAGUUCCUGGGGGCUGGCACAGCUGCCUGCAUCGCAGACCUCAUCACCUUUCCCCUGGACACGGCUAAAGUCCGGCUGCAGAUCCAGGGAGAAAGGCGGGGGCCAGUGCAGGCCGCGGCCAGUGCCCAGUACCGCGGGGUGCUGGGCACCAUUCUCACCAUGGUGCGCAACGAGGGCCCCCGCAGCCUCUACAACGGGCUGGUGGCCGGCCUGCAGCGCCAGAUGAGCUUCGCCUCCGUCCGCAUCGGCCUCUACGACUCCGUCAAGCAUUUCUACACCAAGGGCUCAGAGCAUGCUGGCAUCGGGAGCCGCCUCCUGGCAGGCAGCACCACGGCCUUGGCUGUGGCCGUGGCCCAGCCAACAGACGUGGUAAAGGUCCGGUUCCAAGCGCAGGCCCGGGCCGGCGGAGGCCGGCGGUACCGGAGCACUGUCGACGCCUACAAGACCAUCGCCCGAGAGGAGGGGCUGCGGGGCCUCUGGAAAGGGACCUCACCCAAUGUCGCUCGUAAUGCCAUUGUCAACUGUGCUGAGCUGGUGACCUAUGACCUCAUCAAGGACACGCUCCUGAAGGCCGACCUCAUGACAGAUGACCUUCCCUGCCACUUCACGUCCGCCUUCGGGGCGGGCUUCUGCACCACCGUCAUCGCCUCUCCCGUGGACGUGGUCAAGACGAGAUACAUGAACUCUGCCCCGGGCCAGUACAGCAGCGCUGGCCACUGUGCCCUCACCAUGCUCCAGAAGGAGGGUCCCCGAGCCUUCUACAAAGGGUUCACGCCCUCCUUUCUCCGAUUGGGGUCCUGGAACGUGGUGAUGUUUGUCACCUAUGAGCAGCUGAAGAGGGCCCUCAUGGCUGCCCGCGCUUCCCGGGAGGCUCCCUUUUGAGCCUCUCCUGCUGCCGAUCCGACUGCCUCGGGCUUUGGCUCCUGGCCCCGCUGCCCUCCUCCCUCUAUCACCCGCUGCCCCCUUUCCCACCACGUCCCUUCCCGGUCCCCACAUUCUCACCCCUCAGUUCUCCGUUGCCUCUCAUGGUUUGUCCCCAUGGAGUUGACCCCAACUGACACUGUGGGAAGCCUGGCAUCAGCCAGGAUCUCAAGUCCUCCGUCCUUUGAAAAGUUUAGCCCAACUCCUCAUCCUGCCCCACCCAGCCCAGUUAGCACAUCACCCAU